AUGAGGCCAGUGAUUACCAAUAAUGGGGGCUGUUCAUGGAUUCAGGAUAAUGUUUUUAAUGUUCAAAGAGACAACGGUCAAGAUCUCAAAGAGGCUCUUCUCGAGGCUAUAGACACGACCGCCAACAUGGUUUGGGCAGAUGAACCGAUGAAUCAAGCAAAAUCAAAUGUUGUUGGUAGUACUAGGGGUUCAGCAGGAGAGCCACCGCAGAAGGAAAGCAUUGACAUCAUUGGAGACUUCGACGGCGAUGAUAAUCUCAUCUUUAACGUUGAAUUUUUUAUCCGAAGUAUGGCUGCUCUCGGUGACUAUUUCGGUUCUACAAGUGGCAUAUACAGAGCCACUGCAGAACGAGUGCAGAAUCUGCUCUCGGAGGUCACGCCAGACAACGUGAUAGAACCAACACAGAGCCUUCCAAUGAUCUUCAACUCCUGGUUGCGUGGUACCGUUUCAGCGUAUCCCAACGGCUGCACUUCCCGUGCCAAUAACAUCUGGAACUACUAUCGGCAACAUAUGGGAUCCGUUGCUCAACAACAGCAAACCAACGUCCCUAUGUGCUUCGCAGUGUACGACAAUUAUGCCAGGUUAGGUGUACCAUUCAACCCGUCAAGUUUCACCUACCAGAAUCUGGUACCUACUCCACCGCGACACCCCGGAUGCAACGUACCCGGUACAAAAGGAACUGUAGGAUACUUUGUACAGAAUAACUUUGUCACUCACUUAACUGGUCAGAGAGUCAUGGGUGCUGGAAACACGGAUUUCUAUGCUCUCGGUUCGGGUGAUCGCCUCUCGCCUGGUCAAUCACGCUGGCAAGCUGUCGAUUUCGGAACCAUCCCCGGUACAUCUUCCUCUUGUGCAAACGUAUACGCCGUGAACGACUUUCCCCCCACCACUGCCCAACCGGCUGUCACCGUCAAUAUUGCAUUCCAAUGUGGAACAGCGACGGGUAAACAAAAUGCCAACUUUGCGUUCGUGUUGAAUGGUCAGGCAAUGGGAUGCGCGAAAUAUGAAACUGGCCAUGCAGGAGGAACGACCGUGACAAUUUUGUGUGCAGUCAACCAAGGGAGUGCUUUAGCCUGUGCGCAAGCAUCCGGCGGGAAUGGUGCUACUAUCCAGAUGGCAUUUGUACCUUGA